AAAGCAUCGCAUAAUCGAAGAAUAACAUGGAGAAUGGACGAUUUACAAUCUAUAAGAUAAAUGAAUGGUGAUAUCAAAUGUAAACAUAUCAUGAUAAAGAACUGGAGACUAGUUAUGGAUGGAAGGAUGCACAGAUUUCCUUUGAGGAUCCUGGGGACUCCACAUAUUUCAGAGGCAGGGUGUAGGCAAAUUUUAUCACCAAGAAUUCAGGCUGCAACAUUAAUGGCACAGCACAGAACCCAGACAACUAAAGCUGUCAUAUUUGAUUUAGGUGGUGUGGUUGUACCAUCACCUUUGGCUGCAUUUCUGGAGUAUGAACGUAAGUUAGGUCUUCCUAAAGGGAGCAUUUCUCGGACUGUAGUGGAGAGUGGAGACAGUGGAGCAUGGAACAGGCUGGAGCGCGGAGAGCUGACACUCUCAGAAUUUGCCGACAAAUUCACUGAAGAUGUCUCUGCAAGGGCAGGUAAGAGAGCAGAUAUGUCUGGCUUGCUGACGUAUAUAGGGAAUGGACUGACAACUCCACAUCAAUCCAUCAUAGAUGCUGUGAAGUCCCUUAGAAUUGAGGGCUUGAAAACUGCCCUAUUGACCAACAACUGGGCCAUGGAGGGAGAGGGACCAAACAGGAUUAUGGACAGAGACCUCUUUGAUGUAAUUGUGGAGUCAAGUAAGGUUGGUACCAGAAAACCAGAAAGAAGGAUUUAUGAAAUUUGUUUACAGCAAUUAGAUGUGAAGCCAGAGGAAUCAGUGUUCCUUGAUGACUUGGGUGUGAACUUAAAGGCAGCUAAGGCAAUGGGCAUCAGGACCAUAAAGGUAACAGAUCCAGAUAAAGCUGUCCUUGAUCUGGAGCGAGAAGUGGGCGGACUAUGUUUACGCCGAUUUGUUGAUGGAACAACCACCGUCCCAGAACAUCUGAGAAUUCCUAUGGACAGAUUGGAGACAUUUUUCAACCAGAAACUCAAUCUUCACUCUACAGAACCUCCUGUUCUCCGGUGUUUCCAACAUGGGCAGUCAAACCCAACUUACUAUGUCUACUAUGCAGGCCAACAUCUUGUUCUUCGUAAGAAACCACCAGGCAAACUCCUUCCUUCAGCUCAUGCUGUGGAACGUGAGUUCAAAGUAAUGAAUGCAGUAGGGCAGUUUGGAGUUCCCAUACCCAAGAUGUAUGGACUAUGUGAGGACAGCAGUGUCAUUGGCACUCCUUUUUAUAUAAUGGAGUAUUGCAAAGGCAGGAUAUUUAAGUCACUUCACUUACCGGGGAUGACCUAUCAGGAGAGACGGGACAUUUACUUUGCCAUGGCAGACACGCUCUGUAAGAUUCACCAAGUAGAUAUUUCUAAGGCAGGGCUGGAUGAUUAUGGUAAAAAAGGAGGAUAUCUGAAGCGCAAUAUUGUUCGCUGGUCAAAGCAGUAUGAAGCUAGUAAGACGGAGGAAAUAGAGGCCAUGAAUAAACUGAUGGACUGGCUGCCCAAACACCUCCCAGAGAGAGAGGCUGUUACAAUAGCUCAUGGCGACUUCAGACUGGACAAUCUGAUUUUCCACCCUACGAAACCGGAGGUGAUUGGUGUUCUGGACUGGGAGCUCUCGACAAUUGGAGAUCCAAUAACGGACCUCUGCACGUGCCUCCUGAAUUACUAUAUGCCAGCCAACUUCCCUAUGAUUACAUCCUUCCAAAACAUGGAUGUUGCCUCAUUAGGAAUUCCCAGCGUUCAAGAAUUCAUGGACAUUUACUGUCAGAGGAUGGGCAUUCCAUCCAUUCCGUCCUGGGACUUUUAUGUAGCAUUCGCACUCUUCAGGUUUGCAGCCAUCAUUCAAGGGGUCUACAAACGAGCCAUAUCAGGACAAGGCAGUGCACCCAAUUCUAAGCUUGUUGGAGAAUUUGUUUUAUGUAUAAUUUGUAUAUGUACAUUAGGACAAGGCAGUGCACCCAAUUCUAAGCUUGUUGGAGAAUUUGCAAAGCUGAUGGCAGAGGAAGGAUGGAAGAUUGCCUCUAACAGUAACCUUCGACCGACGGUGUCCAUGGCUGGAGGGGGGAUACAGCUGGGAAAUACCGGAGGAAAGAGGAACUACAGCACGAGCUCGGAGGGAGCUGUCAAUCAAAUGACUGUGUCCCCUAAGGGACUGUCUCCUAGAGCCAAGAAUCUGUAUGACAAGGUCAAGGAUUUCAUAGAGAAGGAGAUUAAGCCUGCAGAGAGCGAGGUGAUGGAAUUCUACAGACAGGAACAAAACUGCUGGAAGGUCUGCCCAACAGUCAACAGGCUGAAGGAAAAAGCCAAAGCUGCAGGAUUGUGGAAUUUAUUUCUCCCAAAAGAGGCCGACCCUGAGAUGAAGUUGGGUGCAGGUCUUACAAAUCUAGAGUAUGCCUUCAUGUGUGAAGAGAUGGGCAAAGUUCCUCUUUCAUCAGAGAUUUUUAACUGUCAGGCUCCAGACACAGGAAACAUGGAGGUUCUGGUGAGGUAUGGUUCAGAGCAACAGAAACGACAGUGGUUAACUCCCCUGCUCAACGGAGAAAUGAAGUCGUGUUUUGGCAUGACAGAGCCCAAGGUAGCCUCCUCAGAUGCCACAAACAUUGAAUCCUCCAUCACCAGGGAAAGGGAUCAUUACGUCAUCAACGGACACAAAUGGUGGACUUCAGGUGCCUUACACCCCAACUGCAAAAUCUGUAUAUUCAUGGGAAAAACAGACAAAUCGGCUGCCACACACAGACAACAGAGUAUGAUCCUCGUCCCAAUGGAUGCCCCAGGGGUCAAGAUUGUCAGACCCCUCUCUGUUUUUGGCUAUCUAGACAACCCAGCUGGGCAUGCAGAGGUGAUCUUUGAGAAUGUGAAGGUUCCGCUGGACAACAUGUUGCUGGGUGAAGGGCGUGGCUUUGAAAUUGCUCAAGGUCGCUUGGGUCCAGGCAGAAUUCAUCACUGUAUGAGACUCAUUGGCAAUACUGAGCGAGCCAUGGAACUGAUGCUGGAAAGAACUCAGAAUAGAGUUGCCUUUGGGAAGCCCUUGGCUGCACAGGGCACCAUUCAACAGGAUGUAGCGAAAUCCCGAGUGGAGAUAGAACAGACUCGUCUACUGGUGCUCAAAGCUGCUCACAUGAUGGAUAACUACGGCAACAAGGUGGCAGCCCCUGAAAUAGCCAUGAUUAAGGUGGCUGCUCCAAACAUGGCUCUUAGAGUGAUUGAUCGUGCAAUACAGGCUCAUGGUGGAGGUGGUUUGAGUGAAGAUUUUAUCCUUGCUGGAAUGUUUUCCUGGGCCAGAGUUCUGCGACUUGCAGAUGGUCCAGAUGAAGUUCAUCUACGAAGUAUCUCUCGUCAGGAGUACAGAAAAUAUAAUUUAUCGAAACUAUGACAGGUGUGAAGAAUUUCUGUGUGUAUCACAUGUACCGUCUCUUGGUGGUGCAGAGGCUCGUGUAUCAUGCUUGGCUGAUGGACCAUUACGUCAGAUUACCCAGUCUGAGUACAGAAAGGCCAUAUUAUAAACACUGAUGGAAUUGUUGAUCAUUGAUGUGACUGUGAUGAUAAUUUUCUGUGAUGUAUAAAUUUGAUAAAAAUAAACACUGUAAUACGCCA